UUUUGUGGGAGAGAAGUGAGUGAGAUUCCGUGCUCAGGUUCGCAGGACGAGAGGUUCAUUACCGUUGACGUUCAUCUCCGGCACCAUGACAUCCUCCCCUUUCCUCUUUCCUCUCUUUAUCUUCGUCUUCUCCCCAUUCCUCACCGCCGCAUCCAUUCCUCUCCGACUAAACAACACCCAAAUCCUGCAGGACGUGUUGAAGGUUAUUGCGUCGAGUCAGAAGUGGGAUUUCGACCGACUUAACUUCUCCAAAUUGCAAGUGAGCAAGGUUAGAUUUGCGACCGGCAAGAGAUUCGACUUCCGGAUCCGAUUUGGAAAAAGUUAUUUUCUUUUGAAAUUCCCCGACGAAGUAACUUCCUGGAACAAAUUCAAGAAAGAAGGUGCUGAUUUUGAGGAUUUCAUCCGGGAAGUUAGUUCAAAAGCAGGACUUGAUUCGUUUAAAGUGGAGGGUCCGUUUGAGCUCCAGGUCGCCGGCGAAAAUCAGGCCUCUCUACUGUUGCCGUUUAACACAACACAUACUGGUCUAAAGCGGAUCCAUGUUGGUGAAGGCAUCACUAUUGAAGUAACUGGAGCUCGAGAAGUGUCAUUUUUUCACACUUUCAAGUCCGGUUCAUUUGUAAAUGGAAGUUUCCUGAAGGAGAACGGUGGAUUUUGGUCCUUUUGGCAGUCAUUGUGCAUGCCAUUACCUCCAAUACUCGUUUCAGGAUCAAUAUCUCUUAUUGCCUACAGGAGUCGAAAUCCCAGUUCCCACAUUGAAACUCUCUUCUUAUCCAAGGAUACCAUCAAGUUGCUUCCAGAAAAGUGCUAUAGCACUCAUAACUACAGAAGACAAGCCUGCCCAAUUGAUGCCAUAAGUUUGAGGAUAGCCAAGCUGGAAAAGGCCUUGAGUAGGUUACAUGGGAACACUUCACAUAAAAAAGUAGCAUUGGGUUCUAUCAAUGUAAAAUGUAAAGCAUCAAUAACGGUUCGCUUCCACUUAGAACUGGAAAAGGAUAUUGGGAAGAAUGAAACCCUACAAGAGACAUUAGCUGAAUGGAGGACGAGGCCGGCUGUUGAACAACUUUGGUUUGAAGUAAUGGCUAGGGUCGAAGCAGAGAAGCUGAAGCCCAUAAUGGUUAAGAAGGUCAGACCUUUUGUUGGAGUAGAUACAAUCUCAUGGAGUAAUCUAAUGUCAAAUAUUUCCUUUACGCAGUUCUCCUCAAUUCUUGUUCCUCCUGAGGCUCUAACACUGGGUGUCAAAUGGUAAGUAAAAAUCAUGAAAAUGGUUUUGUUUUGAGCUAAAUUUACUCAUAAAGGCACUGCAAUGUAUAAAACAUUUAUUUCUCUUGCUCCUUUCAUAAGGAGAACUAUAUGUAUGAUUCUGUAAAUUUUGUAAAAAAAGAAGGGGGAAAAAUGAAUGGCAAAAUUAUUG